UCACCGUCGUGCAGUCACAGGUUGACGGUGACGGUGACGGUGACGGUGGACAUCGGCCUGUCAAAUGACUUCCGCCACGGUUGGAAAGCGUCUGACGAAGAAUUAUGAAGCACGAGUCGACUCGAUGCUCGUGCCCGCCGGCUGGAGACUGGAGUUAUUAAUCGCGCAAUGAAUGGAUGAGGCGAAUCCAGGCCCGAGACUCCUUGAAACGAAUGCCUCCACUUAGUAGUACAGUAACCUCGAUUCUCUCUCCUCUCGUUGCAAGUAUUAUGAUCCCAGAACCCUCCCUCAUCUGUAUGGGAUAUCAAGUAUCGCGUGCACUCGCAGCUGGCCGGAGUCUGUGGAAGAGGGCGGAGCCAGCGGCUGGGGGCGCGGGUUUGGAUGUUGGGCUGCUUGGGCGGCGAGGCUGUGAAGUUUUGGCGUCACCGUCGGGCUUCGGUGACUUGGGAGAGGCGUGAGAGGGUCGGCAGGCAGGAGCAGGAAGAAAGAGGGGGCGAGAGGG